AUGGCUCGCCCCCACCUCGUCACGCUCCCCUACGAGGUGCGUGAUAAGAUCUUCCAGGACUACUUCCGCGUGGAAGGAGGGUAUGUCUUCAAUAGGGAAUCUGAAAAGCUCACCACCGCUGACGGUCAGCGAAUUGACCUUUCAUUGACGUACACCUGCCGCUCAAUUGCAACCGACACCAAGCAUCUGCCCUUUGCGCUCAACAACAUCUCCUUCUCUACCUUCUUCUCCCCUAAGUGGAUGGCUUGGGCUGGCCGCCACCAGUUCCUAUCGCAAUUUCUUUGCCUUCUCAAGGCAGAUCUCAUUUAUCAUCUCCAGGGCGCUGAAAUGUCUCCCGAACUGGAAUCGGAAUUACAAGACAAGUUUCCGCAUUUGAUGCCGGCUUUCAAGCACCGUCUAGAGAGGAUCUAUAGCAGCCGCGGCUUUUUUCCACAAAAGUCGUGGUGGUCUCAGUGGUUAUGCCUUUCAAUACAGGGAUAA